AAAAUGAUAUAGCUUCUUUUGUAAUUUUUAGGUGACUCCAUUAUGACAAUACAGCCUUCAUCAGUUGAAACUAAAGAUAAUGAAGUAUUCAAACUCAGAAGAAGUUCGAGAAGUAUAACAAGAAAAGUUAGAUUUGAAGGUGCAGGAGACAAUUCAGCAAAAGGAGUUCAACCUUUGACAGUGACACCAUACAUUUCUCACUCACAAAGGCCAAAGCAGAGAAUAAGCCUCCUAGGUAGCCUGGAAGUGAGUAGUCCUGUUGCCACAUCACUACCAUCAGGAGACCUCAUCUGCUUUGAUUCUCCAGUAUCAGUACCUCGUCGAGUUAUGCGCCGAUCACUUCGUCUCAGCUCCCAGGUCCAGAAUUAAAGAUAUGACAAAUGAUUAUAUACACGUCAGUGCAUUAAUUUGCAUUAUUUUAUGAGAUAUUUAUAACUGAUUUUAAUUUGCCAAGUGUCAAAGCUUAGUUUGCCUUAUCUUAGUAUAUGAGUGCAAAUGUUUCCUUGUUUUUUUGAAGAGUUUGGUGUUCAGGCUGGCAGUAGUAACAGUACUAAGGCAUUCUGGGCAGUCUGUAACACUUUUAUUUCAUGUUUAUGUCAGGAAUUUGUACAUGCAAGUUCCAAGGAGUGAUAUUCAAGCAUGAAAUGAAAUCCUUAAUAUUGUCUGUGUCAUUUGUCCUGGCAUCUUAAAGAAGGGAGGAAGGUUGGUAUGAUGCACUCUUGCUUAAUAUACCUGUUAAAAAUAAUGUACCUUCAUUAUAAGCACAAUAUAAACAUUGGAGCACAUACUACGAUUCAGAAUGUUAUUUGAGUGGAGAAUGUCUGCUUUUUUGCCAUUCCACUUUAUAAACCAAACUCUAAUCAGCUGAGCCCAAAUCACUACUGUAUAGUGGACAUGAUAAGUAUCUGACAUGGACAUAUAAACCAGUAUACCAUCUGAGAAUUUUUUAAAACCUUGUGUUACAUCACAGUCCAGAUUACGUGCAUUGUACGAAGUGAAAAGCUGAUGGGAGGCAUUCCAAAAAAUUGUUUGUGUGGUCUUACAUAGUAGACUUUCACAGUGCCAAGUAAAAUUCCAAAUAACAAAGAAUAAAUUUCAUUGAAGAUCUUAGGUGUUGAAAUUGUAAUCCUUUAAUGCUCAGUGCAUGGAGAUUUGAUUAUUUCAUCUGUCAAUACCUACAUAUGAUAUUUUAAUUAAAAAACUGAAUUUAUUUUCAUUGAGGAUGUGAUAUGUUUAUGAUAGUGGGAAUGGAAGGUUACCAUCUUGGUUUAUAGGUAACCACCAAUCUGAGGAUGACCUCUCUGGCACUGCUGGGGCUUUCAGUGUCAGUAGGGAGAUGCCAAGAAACCCCAGCCUAAAAGUAAAAUGACCAAGAUGCAAGGACAGUUUAAAUGGAAAUAUUUUCUUGUUCAGCUGAAGAACAACUAGGAUUCUAACAAAUGAAUCUGUGUAUGACCAUUAAAAUCUGACAAGUAACAGCUGUAAUGAACAUAUGAAGCCAUUACAAGUUGUUAUAAGCUGUCAGUCCAAUUCUGCAGCAACCUCAUUACAGUUGAAUCAAACUAUAAAAAUAGUGAUUGAUUACAUAGCCUUUGUUUACCCUCUUGUUUGGUGGUGUGAGGAAGAAAUAAUAAAAUCAGAAUGCCCACCUAUUUUUCCUUGAAUCUGUAUUUCAAAACACCAGGUUAUUAAUGCUGUCUACCAUAGCACAUAAAAUGGUCAGAAUUGCUUUGAUGUAGUUAGAUCUCUUUCCAACCAAAUUGCUUCACAGUCAUCCUUAAAUUUGGCUUCAGAAUCCCUAGAGGGUGCUUUAUAAGCCUUCUUCGAGCUUCAGUUCUUAACAUAGUGCAAUAUCUCACUGUAGAACUGAGACAGACACACAGAUUAUUAAAAAGGGGUAUGUUAUUGUUGAUCUUCCUUUCCUCCUAACUCAGUGUGAAGCUGAUUCUUUGCAAACUGGGUGUCCGUGAACUUAGCUUGUGCGAUGUACCUGCACACCUUAUUACAGCAUUAUUACACUCAAGGUUUAUGGCGGUUACUCUUCUCCGCCAAGCCUGCUUCAGUGGCAGUAGUCUAUGAACCUGAGUAGCCUAGGACCAGACUAAGGAGAAAAAUUUGCAAUAUAACAAGGAUCUCAUCUCAGCAUUCAGUGCUAGCGUCUUUUUACAGAAGAACUAUAAAAAAAAUUUCUUCACAAGUACCAUAUUAUGAUUUAUACUGUGACAUGGAAACUUUAGUCUUAGAUGAUAUAUUACUUUUCUCUUAUAUUUUUAAGUGUUAAAGACUUUUUCAAAGAUGUGUAAAAAAAAGUAUUCGCUGAAAUUUGGAUGGAUGUACAUUUAGCCAUUUUUAAGUAUAAUUAAUGUGAAACAUCUUACGAGUUGUCUUGCUUGUAGUGAUGUGCAACAGGACUGCGGCUUUCCAUUAUAUUUCUCUCUGAACUUUUACAUUAGACAAUUAUGGAAAAUUCAUGAUUACAAAGAUAUAUAAAUUCAAAAGAAAGGAAGCACACAAGGUAUUGUCAUGAAAGGUCUUGUACAGUGGCCAGGACAAAACUGUGUUUUGCGUACAGAACCACCUUGUGGAUAGAAUGAAAAGAAACGUACUAUAUAAACCAAAAACAUUAUCAACUUAAGGACUGAAACAGAACUAAAAUUUGUUGCAACUGAGAAAUUGUUUGUACUUCCUUAUCUGCUGUCCCCUUGCCGUUUACUUUUAAUGGACGUGGGAUGGGCAGGGGGGCCUGUUAGUGGUCACAGAGACAAAGUCUUAUUUCACAUUGUUGAGGAGGCUGGUGGUACAAUGAAAUACUGUCCGUGUACACAAAUUUGCCUUAAUUUUCAAUUUGUUUCGUUGGCGCCUGCAACCAUUGCAGCCAUCUUCUGCAACCGGAUCUGGAAUUCCUUGACUGCCACAUUGGGAUGCUGUUUGCAUUGUGGUCCAUGUGACCAAUUCUUUAUGCCCUGUUUUGCAGAUAUCACUAAAUGCUGUAAGGAUCAAGGAAGACGGUUCUGGACUCUGCUAUAUAUUUCUAGAAACCUAUAUAAGAUUUUAUGUAUUUGCUUUUCUCCUGCUACCAACAUGCCUAUGCAUCCAUUGAGUAGACUAAGACUGUCAGCAGGGCUGAGCAUGGACUCAGGACUUGGCAUCCACUGUAUGAAGUGACCUAAAUAGUGUUUGAGUUCUGUGCUAAUGACAUGUUUUUCCUUACUCUUCAGUUUUAAUUAAAAUAUGUUAAUAAGAGCUGUAAUAAAACAAAUAUGCAUUGACCAUGUGUUCAGUUUUAAUGACAAAUGGAUAUUUUUUCAAUGUUUAUUGUAUUGUGAAAAUAAUAUUUAUCGUUAUAGUACUGGUCUGGUGAAUAAAGCUUUGCAGCCCACAGUUUGAGACACUGCACUAGAUUAUAUUAUUAAAUCAUAAUUCAUGUAAUACACUUGCUUCAUGGUGUUUAGUACUAUAAUGAUUGAAUUGCUGUAUUUAGUGAUUGAUAAGACUUAUUUUGAAGUGUGGCAGCUUUUCAGCUUGAGUUUGAUUUCAGCUCUAUAAUUUCUGUCUCGUAGCAUGAAGUCAAACCGUUUGAAAUUUAGGCCAUGCCUGAGGAAUCCUCGAAUCAGGGCGGUACUAGACAUUAAAUUUGCUUUUGGGGGCCAGUGAGAAUACUGUAAAGGACAGCAAUAAGGUUUUUUUUUUCCUUUAUUCUUCUUUUUCCUUUGUUAUGUAUGUUAAAUGAAGGCCAAAUGUGCGUCAUACUUAUUACAUGUCUCAGUUGUCAUGCAGUUUCAUUUAGUAGUUCUAAACCCUUCUUUAUCUAAAGGGCUGCUCAGCGUAAGUUCUAUUCAGUGCAUCAUGUUUGUCGAUCAGAAUUGUAUGGUAGCACUAUAUUUGUGCUAAAGUAGGAGAACCUGUGGGAACUCAGUUAUGAUUAGUGAGUAGUGCAUAAAACAUUUAUGUAGUUGAAUAUUUGAAUGUGUAAAUUAAGUCUGUGGUUGUAAUUGCAAAUUCUAUGGUACUAGCUCUGGAAAGAUACAUUAUAUAUAUUGUUCAAGCUGCUACAUGUACAAGGCUUCAUACUAUUUUUUUGAAUUGACAUUUGAACUAGUUAAUUACAGUUAUGUGUGAAUGUUGCCAGAAAUUGUAUUACUCUUUCUUUAUGUAUAUAUAUAUAUAUACACACUUAAAGUGAAUGCAUGUUUUAUAGUGAUUUAAUAUGGUGUUACUUCUUACACCUUAGCAAGAUAAUUAUAAGUAAAAUAUGAACAUUGUCUUUUAUUUGUAUGUUGCCUACAAAUUAAAAAUCGGCUUACAGUA